AUGGCUACUGGGUUAGGGACAGAGAUUGUUGGGAUCGUCAACAAAUUACAGGAUGUUUUCACCGCCGUGGGCGCUAGUGCAUCGGCAAUCGACUUACCGCAGAUAUGCGUUCUGGGAAGUCAGUCAAGUGGAAAGAGUAGCGUGUUGGAGAACCUCGUGGGGCGUGAUUUCCUUCCUCGUGGGACAGGCAUCGUCACGAGGAGACCGUUAGUUUUGCAACUUAUCCAUAGACCCGCGACUUCGAAGAAAGGUGACUCGUCAAAAGCCCCUACUGCUAAUCAGACGAAUGAGGAUGAGUGGGGCGAGUUCCUUCACCUACCGGGAGAGAAGUUCCAUGACUUCUCGAAGAUUCGGGCUGAAAUCGUUCGCGACACUGAGGCCAAAACUGGUCGUAAUGCUGGAAUAUCUCCCAUACCUAUCAACCUUCGCGUUUUCUCCCCUAACGUUCUAACCCUUACAUUAGUCGAUCUCCCUGGAAUAACCAAAGUACCUGUUGGCGAUCAACCUCGUGAUAUCGAGAAACAAAUCCGCGAUAUGCUCAUGAAGUACAUUUCCAAGCCAAAUGCUGUGAUACUCGCCGUGACUGGAGGAAAUACAGAUCUGGCGAAUUCCGACGGAUUGAAAAUGGCUCGGGAGGUGGAUCCGGAAGGCACAAGAACCAUUGGUGUUCUGACAAAAAUCGAUCUAAUGGAUGCAGGGACGGACGUUAUCGAUAUUUUAGCUGGUCGUAUCAUCCCUCUACGGCUAGGAUAUGUCCAGUGGUGCGUAAAUCGAGGUCAACGCGAUAUUGAUUCUUCGCGCAGUAUAUCGGCAGCUCUCGAAGCGGAGCGUGCAUUUUUCGAAUCACAUUCUAGUUAUUCCGGCAAAGCGCAGUAUUGUGGAACACCAUACCUUGCACGCAGGCUCAACUUGAUCCUGAUGCAUCACAUCAAAGCAACCCUUCCCGAUAUCAAAGUUCGCAUAUCCGAGCAGCAAAAGAAGUUCUCUGCCGAGUUGCAAUCAUUAGGGGGACCUAUCGCAGACAGUUCGGGCAGUGUAGUCCUCUCUGCUAUAACGGAGUUUUCAGCCGAGUUCCGUGGAGCCAUCGAUGGGAAUCGUGAUGACUUGGCUCAGAACGAACUUGCUGGGGGCGCGCGGAUUAGUUUUGUGUAUCAUGAACUGUACAGCAACGCCAUCAAAUCGUUCGAUCCAUUUGACCAAGUGAAGGAUGGUGACAUUCGGACUAUUCUCUACAAUUCAUCCGGAUCUACUCCAGCCCUUUUCGUAGGCACUACAGCCUUUGAAGUGAUUGUCAAGCAGCAAAUUCGGCGCCUUGAGGAACCGAGUUUGAAGUGCUGUCAGCUUGUAUAUGAUGAACUAACACGAAUCCUAGGAGAGAUCUUACCGCGCAUACAAGUCCUGAAGCGCUACCCGGAGCUGGAGAAGAGACUGCAAAUUGUUGUAAUCAAUUUUUUCAAGAGCGCAAUGGACCCGACGACCAAGCUAGUAUCCAACCUAGUCUCAAUGCAGGCUUGCUACAUUAACACAACCCAUCCCGAUUUUUUAAAUGGUCAUAAGGCCAUGUCUAUCGUAAUGGAGAGAAUAAACGCCAAUAAGCCGCCGCCGCCAGCCCCCGAUCCCAAACAAAGUCGUGGAGCGAUCAACAACAACAAGGAUUUAGAUGUCGAUCUCCCAAAGGAGGAGCAGAGUUUCUUCGGUUCGUUCUUUUCGAAGGGCAAGACCAGUAAGCGAGCUCUUGUGAAUGGACGGCCUGAGUCUCCGGUUCGUAAUUUCGCAUCAGGUUCCCCCGCAACGGCUAUCAUGGAUCAACCUCCUCCAGUGAUCCGACCUCAGAUGGCAUUGAACGAGCGAGAACAGAUGGAAACAGAAGUCAUCAAAUUGCUCAUCCAUUCGUACUUCAACAUCAUCAAGCGUGAAAUGAUCGAUAUGGUACCUAAAUCUGUCACGCUGACGCUUGUCAAUCAUUCCAAGGACAAUCUUCAGAAGGAGUUGUUGCAGGAACUUUAUAAGCCGGAUGUUCUGAACGAGCUGUUGAAGGAGAGUAGUGUAGUCGUGGAACGUCGACAGGAGGUUGUCAAGAUGCUUGCGGCCCUCAACAAGGCUGAAGAGUGA